GUAACCUCGAUCCUCUAUGACAUCCGACGACAGCCGGCGACCGCGCACGAAGAUACACCGCACCUCCGCAUGGUGGAACGAGCCGAUAUCGUCGGCACCUGUGGGCACAGACCACCUCCACGAUGGACAAUGCCACUGUUUCUGCACUGUCCAGCCGCCCCAUGUCUGCAAGUUCCCGAUGUCAUCGUCGGGAAACAGGAGGGGAGGAGCAUGCAGCUCUGUGGCGACCGCGAGAAUAGACGCCGGGCGGGAGAUAAGCACUUUCCAUCGACCGGACUUCAGAGCAUGAGCUCCACGCGACUGUCAGGCAAUGAUAAUCAUACAUUCCGCGAGUCCAGAGCAGUCGCCGACACUCUUUAUUUCGACAAGCCCACCCGAGCUCCACCCUCCGCCUCUCGCCUCAAGUUCAUCGAGAUGCACGAGCCAGUGGCGCUUAGUUGUCAUCUCACCGACCAGUCCUCUGCGUCGUAGACCAUGGCCGGAUGAAUGAUUCUGGACACUAAUCAGCAGUGCGACAGGAGCCAUAGAAGACUCACCCUCGAAGCAUCCAGAUCACCGGCCACAAUGCCAGCCACGAUAUCGACGACGGUCGAUCCCACGAGCAGCCUGUGUCGUCGUCUACUUUCUUGGACGACACUCACGGCACAGAUACUAGACGAGUGGACUCUCCCCAACAAGUCGACUCGAUCCGCAGCUGAGACCCACCCCCCACUUCCUUCGCAAACGCCGUCUUCCAAAUGGACCCGACGCGGAUAUGCUGUGGACGAGUGCCACAUCCAAUGCGUCCAUCCAGGUGCGGUUGCACCGCGAGUAGUGGCUGCAGACCAUGCGCACGGAUGGGAUGACGUCGAAAUCGGGCUGCCUCGGCAUUGCAUCCCGCAUGAACACUUUGGGAACUGAGAGCAGAACGGAGUGAGGCGGCAAAAGACGGGUUGCGGAAGUUAGGCAGUUGGGCAAAACGUGCAGCGCAGGGCUUCGCUCUCUUUGCGUCCAUCGAUUUCACGGUUACCGGGGGAUGAACAAUUGGACCGCGUGCGUCCUACUGGUAUCCUUCGCAAGUGACCAGGGCACGGUUCGUUUCCUCUCCAGUCUCGUUUCUGCUUUCUCGUCAAUUUCGGACUGGUUCGCAUAGAACGAAUGAAAGCUGUGACCGACAAGUGGUCUUGUACAACAGCCGUUGCUCGAUCGAGAGCCAUAUCCAGCUAUAACCGCUAGUUGACGGAGAAUUCUGGAUUUCCACUAAUCAUGUGUAACCAAGUGGCUCCGGACCGGCCUGGCUCAUGCGGACGAGGAGGGCGAUGGCGAAUGCGAUCAACAGCGUAAAGACCACCGGAUCUGCGACUAGACCAACUGCCUGCGCAUUCAAACACACACGACAAAACGAUUCCGCGAACGUUGAGAACGCCAAAUGAGGGAAUGGCGGAUAUUUGAAUGUGCAGAAACCGGAGAGUUGUGUCGGAACACAGCUCGUUCCUUGCGGCGUUUUCUGCUGUGCUGAAAGCUGAUCUCGAGUUGACUCAGCCAACGACUCCGGCGAGAGAUAGAAACUCGCUCACCAUCAAUCCUGGUCUGUACCACACGGGUGGCGGCUGCGUUCGAGCUCGGCUCGGGAUUGACAGCUCACAUCCGGACUCUUCAAGACCCCUUCGUCGACCAAUCAUCGUUGCAAACCAGGGCCGGUGGACCGUUGAUUGAUCGUCGUUUGGGAGUGCAAAACCUCUGCUUAGGGCUCGCCCCGUCCAUCCCCGGCGACCAGGGAAGGUCAUUGGAGCAGCUCGAGAUUGUCUCGAGCUUUGAGUGGAAGCAUAUCCCAUCGCGGAUGUCGGCACCCGUGAUUCUGUCGAGCCUUGGGACCUUCGAAUUCAUUCUACCACCUGCUUUCCCAGUCUUCAUCCGUCCUGUGGAGCACCCAGAACCCAAACUCAUCCACGCUAGCGACGGUACCAGUGAACGUCGCGGCUUCGAUAGCAAAGGACUGGCGGAUCCAAUGCAGAUUUGCGAUCCCAUCUGCAAAUCACGCAACAACCGUCUCAACAGAAGGCGUCAUGCAGCAAGGGGAGCGGUACACUCGGUUCUUCGUCAUCGUUUAGAGGCGAGCAGUCUCGACCACCUGAUCGAAAUCAGCACUCGGUGCGGGCCCCGGCUCGAUGCUAUGCCCUCGUCGAACUCCUUUAGCCAAAUGCUGCUGAUUCUGCUAUUGCUCUGGGAUCUUUCAAAGCCAAGUGGGCCAAGUGGGAAAACCAAAAGUUCUCGUUUCGUCAAACAACGGCUAGCGGCAGACCCGGAUGUUGAUCGGGAGGGAUGGUGGCUGCGAGACCGAAGCAACAGAAAUCAGAGAGGAGCAGCUGAGGGCAAAGAUGUCUACGGAAGGUCUUUUGCCGUGCUACAUGCCCCCUUCCAAGGCAGCGACAUCUGUGGACCGGGUGCUGUGUCUUGAUAAGUCAAUAACCAGACUGCCGUGGUUAUUCUUCACUGUUCAGUGCCACACGUGAUGGAAUAAGCGGAGACUUGCCCAGUCGAACACCCCACGAGCUUGCGAGGAUGAGGGUCGAGCCCUAUUCGCGAAGAGAGGAUCAUGUUACAACACAAACACCCACCGCCUUCCUCCUUCUCCGUUUCUAUCUACCUCUCUCGAUCUGACCCCCAAAGAUAACAACCGGCCGCGUUCUUUUGUAUCAUCACUCACAAGACCGUGUCCGCUUAUGAUGUCAUGAGCGUCCCGUAACGGGGGCAAGCACUGGCCUUCCCCAAAACUCCCCACGGACACCACGAGGGAGCGAUCGCUUCUACGCGUCCUGCCGAGCGGGGGACUGCGAUCUCAGUUCUAACAUUCUAACAUGCAGGCAGGAGGACAUCUGCGACUCUAUGCCGGUGGGGGUCCACCAGAGGCAUCGCGGAGACAAUCGUCGCAUAUCAAUAAUCGAUCAUCGUCGAACCCCUCCAGUCAUGAACUUGGUUCGCACACGGUAGCGUCGCUCCCCGUCCGGAAACCGGCAGCACGCCGGGUGUACCACCCCGAUCCACCAGUUGACCGCUCCGACUGGGCAAUGUGGGUCGGAAACGUGCCGAAGCACGCCGAUGAAACCGAUCUCCAGACGUUUUUCACGCAAUUUGAAGACCACGGCGUCGUCUCGAUAUUUUUACUGUCCAAGUCCAGCUGUGCAUUCGUGAACUUUGCGAGCGAGGCGCACUUGAUCGCAGCGAUCCAACAAUAUGACGGCAGACAUCUCCGCCCUGAAUGGUCGAUGGGGCCCGCACUGGUCUGUCGGGUUCGCACCCUCAAUGACGAUCUUUGGACUGGAGUCGGUGGGCAGCGAGGAAUGGGACUCCAUCGGCAGUGGAUCAAGGAUCAUGCAGGGCCUCCAAAUCCAGCACUGGAUGUCUCGGACAGCCAUUCGCCGAGCUCAGCUUCAGACGGGUCAACAACUUCGAGCUUCUUCGAGACACACUUUCCGCGGCGCUUUUUCGUGCUCAAGUGUCAGACGAGGGAAGAACUAGAUCGCUGUGCUAUGGACGGCGUUUGGUACAUCCAGAAGCACAAUCAGGUCGUGCUUGACCAAUCGUUCCGUACUUCCCAAGAGACGAUCCUGUUCUUCAGCAUGAACAAAAGCGGCCAGUUCUACGGUUAUGCCAAAAUGAUCAGCCCGGUGACUUCCAUUGGAUCUGAUCCCCUGCCACAUGGCAUGGAUGCGGGCGAUGCAUCGCCGAACCUGGUUGUGCGAGUCGCAUCGCCAUAUUCGUUCCAGUCAGGUGCCACCCAGUCGGCACCCAGUGUUCUGAGCCGCCGGGUCUCUGACUCUGGAGAAUUCGAUCACGCCGGAGCCCGUCAGCAUCGAUCCCUUAGCUUUAGCCGACUACCUUGGCUGACGUCGCAGCACUCUGGGCCUGAUCCCCAGCUCGAGCCAGAACUGGUGGACAACGUUUCGGGGCCCAGUGAAGGGCAGCCGCGGCUGGCGUCUGGUUUUAGCGGCCAAUUCAGCGUCGAAUGGCUAUGCCGCGAGCCUUUGCCCUUCAAACGGACGCGCGGCAUCGUCAACGGGUGGAACCGGGGUCGUGAAGUCAAAAUCUCGAGGGACGGAACCGAACUCGAGCCGAGUGCUGGAUCGGCGUUGAUAGCGGCCUGGCAAUCGUGGCUGACCGAGCCUAAUCGCCACCGCCAGCUGUAAAUGUCUCUGAUUUUUUGUUAUCUGCCUCUUGCGUAGAUCAGAUGGAUGAAUCUUGCAAGGAGCUCGGGUUUAACUUACAUUUCUCCCAAUCUCUGGAUGGUUGCGAUACCCGUGUUCUAUCCUUUGUACUACUUGCGUCUUUCGGUAGUUACAAUCUCUGUAUUCUCUUCUGCAUAUCAGGUCUCUUGAUUCAUUGUACCCAAGUACCGUGAGAACUGGACUGUCU